AUGACAACUCCUACUCAACGAGGAAAGAGGGUGAAACGGGUGAGGGAUGCCCCACCUCCACCUCUGCCACCACCACCUCUUCUGCCACCUCUGCCACCACCACCUCCUCCACCACCUGUUUCUUCACCGGAACAGCUAGCAGACAUAAGCUUAGAGACAAAUUUUAAUUUUAAUGCCAAAAAGAUGACACGUGGAAAGUCAUGUGGGAAAGGCCUCCACGAUAUUUUGGAGGCAAAUAAUGGGAAGAAGAAGCCAGUCAUAUUUGAUUUCAAACUUCAAGUUCCAAGUGAUUUGGUAGUAUCAAGUUUUUUCACUACCGAGAUAGGGAAUAUUAUUCGGACUCACUCGCCAGUUUGCUACAAGAAAUGGAUGAAGGUCCUAUCUUCAUAA